AUGAACGUCAAGGCGAAAUCCUUCAGCGAAAAGAUCAUUCCUCUUUCGGCGAAAGACCAAUGGCGGCCCAUUGACAACAUUCGCACGUUGGUCUUCAUCGUUGUCCGCGAUAUUCUCGAUGGAGAGCUCAUGAGGGUGUCUCUGGAUAAGCUAAUUAGGAACCAUAUACCUAUCCUUGGAGCACGAAUCAAGCCCAGCGGAGUCGAUGGCUUACUUCAAUAUCAUCUAAUCACUCCCUUCCCUGAUAAUCACGAAAUAUUCGGCUGGUCCACCAGCAAUGUUGCUUCAACGCUCGAAGAAGCCAAUCUUGUGCCAGAACAUAAUCCACAAAGAGGCAUCACCAUCUUACAAGAUGUGACUGUUAUGGAACGGCGUUGGAUACCAUCCGACUGGCCCGUCAGACGCGACCAAGACAAGCCAGACACGCCGCUCUUGCUCGUCCAUCUCACAUAUUACAAAGAUGCCACGAUUAUUUCUCUCAAUUUACUACACUGUGUAAGCGACCAGAUGGGCUUUGGCAGCCUCAUCACUUCCUGGAUAGAUGUUAUGAAAGGCAAAGAACCCCAACCUUUUAUCGAAUUGCCAGAGGACGGCCUCGACGGCGACAAGGACAUUACUUUCAAAGAGCUUCACAAAAAAUACCACUAUCGGUUGAGGACCAAGAGAGAACGAGCGGAAGUACUGAUAGGAAUUGUCCCCGAGCUCGUUGCUCGCCCAAAGGAGACGAGAUGCACUAUUUUCAUACCUGUGGGUAUAGUCAAUGGACUACGGGACAAAUGGAGGAAAGAGUUAAAGGCAAAACAUGGCUCUGACGCAGCAAAUAUUACAAAUGGAGAUGUACUUGUCGGGAUUGUAGCCAAGUUCGCCAACAUGCACCGUAAAAGGCCCAAGAAGCAAGUCGUCACCGGUCCAGUAAACCUCCGCGGCUACCAUCCCCUCCUCCCCAAAAACACUCCCUACCUCCACAACGCCCUCAUCUUCGCCGUCUCCCACACAGCAAUCAGCCGUUCCAAGCCCCCAACCUCCGAAAUCGCCUACGGGCAACGCCUCGCCGUGCUCGACACCCUCAAGCCAGACAAUAUGGAACGCGGUCUAGCAGUGACACGAGAGCUCCGCUUGAGGAACAUCCCGAUGCACAUCUGCGAGCCGUGGGAAUUCAGCUACGGACCGACGAACUGGUGUAACGCGUGGCAUGGCAUCGAGUUUUCCGCGGCCAGCGCAAAUAAGACAGGGGAAGAAGUUGCUGAAAGGAAAGACAGCGCGGUUGCUGAAAGGAAAGACAGCGAUGAUGCGAAGACGAUGGAUGGAGGUGAUUCAGCGCCUAUUAUUUUGGGACAUUCGUCGGAACGGAACCAUCCUAAUCGGCUGAGUGCUUUUAUCAUGUCAAAGGCCGAAGGAGGAUAUUGGGUCGACUUUGCGGCGCCGAAUAAGGGCAUGGCGGCCGUAAAGGCGCUUUUGGAGAGAGAUCCUAACCUGGAGACGAUAUGA